CUGCUCGUGUUGGAACGCUACGCAUGCAUUUCAGCGUCGUGUGACAUCGCAUGUCGACGAAUGGCCUCAGUGUCGUGCUUAGUUGUCGUGCAAAGCGCUGAUAUAGCGCGGAAGUUAACGUUGCAGGACCCGCGCCUCUCUGUUCUGAAAGACGCUGUUCGGGCGUGCAGUCUCUUGUCAUCGACAGUGAACGCUGACAAGGACAGAUUUCAGAUUUUUGACGAAGCCUUCAACCGAAACAUCGACCUUGCAGACGACGAUGUUAUACCCGACAAGGCACAAAUAUAUGUGAUCACAACAGAGAGGCCAGUGCCACCACAUUUGGUUUCCUCAGAACCAAACGAAAAUAUUCAGGCCUCUAGUCUGGCACAGAGCCACAGCGGUGACAACGACGACGAUCGGGAUGGAAGAGGGUAUGCAGCUCCGGACUUCUCCAGAUUAAACAUAAAGCUUGGAGAACCGAUACUAACACCAUCUGUGCACCGAAAAAUUGUAGAGGCGCUCUACCAAUCUAUGAUCUGCUGCACAAUAUACCCUACUGCGAAGUUUUACGCAAAAGUUGCCGCCUUGCUUGUCUCAGAGUAUGGUACUUUGGCUGACUCCAGUGGCAGUGGCUAUGAAAAUACAGACAGCAUACUCAAUACAUCAAAUGCUCAGGGCAACGAAGCAUGGCUUUUGAAUGAAUAUAUGAAACAAAAACCAGAUGUCCCUCAGAUGCUCGUACGUUUGAGAGACACUUUCCAAGAUAGGACGAGGAAAAUGAAAGCCAACCGGGUUUUAUGCUCUGUAAAGGAAUUCCCUUACGUCAUGGAUUUCAAAAUGUUCAUGCAUGAAUUUGAACUUUUGACACGAAGAGAUGCUGCAAAGGCAGUAGAGGCUGGAAUACUGAAAGUGCUGAGCAUUGCAUCAAAGAAGGAACUACGCUGUCCGCAGGAGAUUAGAAUGGAAAUCCUUGAGCUUGACAGGUUCCAGGGCUGUGACAGACGUAAGAGGCAUCUGCAAGCUUUGCUGGCCACAAAGACCCUCUGUGACAUUUUCAAGGAGAAGAAAGCCAUGGGGAGCUUGUUCGUCCAUGAGUCGUCUGAGAAGAUGCCACCAACACCGCACAUCUCCUACACUGGGUCCUCAUUAGAAGACGCUCAAAUACUCAAGCUUGUCGUGGAGCACAGCCCACUCUAUCAUGUUGUUGAAGGCAUGGAGGGACUGGCAAGCAUUUUGGCUGCAUACUGGGUGUUCAAUGCAUCAUAUAGCUUUCAUCAUCACAAGACGAUUUUUUUUUUGAACACAUUGUCGGAUUACAGGGCACACCUCUCAGUGCACCUGUGGCAUCAUUUUGUAAAAAAUAUGGAUUGCAUGGUGUUUCACAGUCAACAUAGUUUGGUGAUCCACACGAAAAGGCGUCAAGUUAGCAGGACAAGGUUUGCAAAGCAGUAUUCCUGUUCCCGUGUCUAGCGUUAGAGUGCUUGUGAUACAAGUUGUCAUACCAUAAAAAACAACUCUCUGUUACUCAACAUUUUUUUAA